AGCAGCCCGCGCCCUGAGGGCCGCUCGGCGCUCGGAGGCCGCUCCGCGGGGCCGGCCCUGGCCGCGGCCCCAUGGCCGAAGUGGGCGGCUUCCUGGGCGCGCUGGACCCCGACCUGCACGGCUUCCCCCCCGCGCUGGGCGGGCUGCCCCUCGCCGACUCGCCCGGCUUCCUCAACGAGCGCCUGGGGCAGAUCGAGGGGCGGCUGCAGCGGGGCUCCCCCACCGACUUCGCGCACCUCAAGGGCAUCCUGCGGCGGCGGCAGCUCUACUGCCGCACCGGCUUCCACCUGGAGAUCUUCCCCAACGGCACGGUGCACGGCACCCGGCAGGACCACAGCCGCUUCGGCAUUUUGGAGUUCAUCAGCCUGGCGGUGGGGCUGGUUAGUAUCCGUGGGGUGGAUUCAGGACUCUACCUCGGCAUGAACGAGAGAGGCGAGCUGUAUGGGUCGAAGAAGCUCACAAGGGAAUGUGUUUUCCGAGAGCAGUUUGAAGAGAACUGGUACAACACGUACGCCUCAACCCUCUACAAGCAUCCCGACUCGGAGAGGCAUUACUACGUGGCUCUGAACAAGGACGGCUCCCCCCGCGAGGGGUACAGGACUAAGAGACAUCAGAAAUUCACUCACUUUUUACCAAGGCCCGUGGACCCUGCCAAAAUACCUGCAACGUACAGAGACCUCUUCCACUACAGGUGAUGUUUCCUGCGGCUGCCCCAUCAGUGUACAUACUUGGGCUCCCAAGCUUUUUCCCAGAGCACUAUAUUAAUAGUCAUUCCAGCAUUCCUGUAAACGUAGAUGACAUAGGAAAGCACUUACAUUGAAUCCAGACACUGCUGUUCCUCCUUGUUUCAAGUGUAUAUCGAACCUGGGUUAUUUAUGGGGGUGGGGGUAGGGGAAGGGAGGGAACCCUACAUAAUCUUUCGUUUUCGUUCACUUUCUUUACUUGGUGGCUGUAAGAGGCCAAAUAGUCAGUGUUAUGGUUGCUUAAAAGAACAAACAGGCAAGCAAACUCGUUAACCAGGGGGAAAAAAAACAACUAGAAUUCAGGAGAAGGAAGGAAAACAGAAGACCACAGAACUGCUCCAGAUGCUUCUGAUAAGCUCGGGAUGGUUUCUGGCUAAGAAGCAGCCUUUCAGAUGGCACCGUGCUGCAGCGGCCCUGCAGGCUGCUACAUGGAUGAUGCUGCGUGGACUGGUCCCGGUGUGUGGGGUUUUUCCUGCUGUUGGGGUGGGAACCGGGUGAGGAACAUUAUUCAGAUGUAAGCAUGGAUACUGUGCAUAGGGACAAAGCUAUUUAUAAAAUGUAUAUGAUAUUUAUUUUAUAUAUUUAUUUAUUUCAAAAUAAUUUUAUUUUUAAUGAAAGAUGCUAUGACCGGAUUUUCAUCAGGAAGAAUAAGGUCCUACUGAAACAGGAAAAAAAAAAAAAUGAGUUUUAAGAGCUUAUUGGCAAUAAAAUUGUCUUUAUAUUGUAGAUUUCUUGCUAGCCCUUUUUUUUGGCACUCCAUAAUGUUUAACCCAGUAUUUUCUGAUCAACACGAAGACCAUCCAUAGAAAGGCUUUGGAGAGUAAAGAUAAAUUUUAUAAACUUGUACAAGGGCAACAUCAAAUUACAGCUGGAAUGGACCUAGCAAGCGUGACCCCGCUGCCACGAGCAGCUGGACGCCCGACAAGCCCUAGAAUCACAGAUGCAGUCCUCUCCUCUGUGGCCGCAGGGGCAAAAGAGCUCCUCAGGCCAAGCACCAGCACAGCACAGCCCUGGAAGACCCAGACGGGAUUGCCCAAGAGUGCGGCUCAGCGCUGCGCUGCAAGGAGCCUCCCCGGCACAGCCAGCGUCCUCACGUCCUUGCUGGGGUCGUCCUUACCACAGCUUCAUUUCUCCCGGUACAGUUUCUCAGCCUCCACUUUGCGAAGCAGUUUGGGUGAAAUUUCGGCCUCUUCAGCUUUACUCCCCGAAUUCCCAGAAGAAGGAACGGUCCAGCUUCCCCACGCCCCAUGUACUGCUAAGCGAGGCGGCGGUGCUGGGCCCGGUGCUCCCGGCCACCUCCUGUCCUCUCUGCCACUGCCCAGGUCCCCGCUGCAGCGUUUGCUGCCCAGCGUCCCAGCCGGUGCCGCAGCUGUCACAGACAACAGUCUGCAGAUUGCAAUGAAAAGAUUAAAGGAGCUUUACCUUGAAUGAUCUAGACACGGAGGAAUUUAAUCCCGUGUUUGAAAUAAAAAAUGUUUAUUUAC